CAUCUCUCCUGCUGCUGACUCUGCCCACUGAGCCACACGAAGAGUCGAGGAGGAGAAAUGGAGGGGGAAUUGGCCAGGAGCAAAGCCCAGCUACCCUCGCUGCUCCUGGCGCUGCUCAGCCUCGGGCCAGGCAUCUUGGCCGAGGUGCGUUUUAAGGCGGACAAUGAGGUUUUGCAGAUGCUGGCUGGGAACUCCUCCCAGACUCUGUUGGAGCGUUGCUCUGAGCUCCUCUUCGGCCAAGCCAGGGCACAGCCCCAGCAGGUGAAUGGUGUCCUGGGGGGGACCGUGCUGCUCUCCCCGGCUCUGCCCCCCAACAAGACAGUGAAGGAGAUCGAGUGGAGCUUUUCAGCUGGUGCUGGUGCCACCAUUCAAGUGGCAGAGUUUGGCCCCGGCGGCUUUGAGCGCCCCGACCCCAAGGACCGGUUCAAGGACCGGCUGGAGAUGUUCAACAAGACGGCGCUGAAGAUCAGGGCCCUGGAGCGGGACGACAGCGGGGUCUACGGGGCUCGGAUUAAACUGCAGCCGGCGCUGGUGGAGGAUCAGUUCUUCAACCUCUCCAUCUAUGAGUCGGUGCCAAGCCCCCGGACUCGCAGCCAGCUCCUGGCCAGCACCCUGGAGUGGUGCAACCUGACAUUGCAGUGCCAGGGCGCCGGCAAAGGCGCCGUCAAUGUCACCUGGAAGAAGGACAACGUCAUCUGGGACCUGACCUCUGACCGCCACCAGCUCUCCCCGGAUGGGACCACCCUACGGUUGGCCCUACCACCCACUGCCGCCAAUGUCACCUACGCCUGCACCGUCAGCAACCCUGCUGACCAGAAAGUCGUCCUCUUUGACCUGCAAGCCAUCUGCCAAAGCGGAGGGGGACAGACAUCCUUCUCAAAGUCAGGGUACAUCGUCCUGACCCUCAUCCUGCUGGCGGUGAGCUUGGGGGGAGCCUUCUGGUGCUGGCGGAUGAAUAGUGAGAAGGCAGCAGACCCAGCUGCCACCCCCACGGUGCCCGCCGAGGAGAGCCCCUCUGACCCCCAGUACACCGAGAUCGUGCGCCGGAGCCCCCCGGAAGGUAAUGACCAGGGCCUCAGUCACCCCGAAAAUAACCAGGAGCAGAGCCCGCCACAGAAAGCACUGGUCACCACCGUCUACGAGCAGAUCCGCCGGGCGCCAGAGGACACAGCCGAAGAAGUGACAUAGGCCCUCAGGCACCCGCAGAGCCGGAGCAUCGGGAUUUCCCGGAAGGGCUGUAAAGUGCGUUGUGUGCCAAAUCCGAACCCUUCAGCCCCCCUUUUGGCUCCAGGGAUGGGAGACACCAUCUCGGGGCCAUAACCGGCCGGAUACUUUCCCCCCCACCUCCGGUUUCUCUCCAAUCUCCUUGUCUGAUGCCCUUCGAGACUGUUUUGGGGAGCAGGAUCCCGGACCAAGGCAGAGACAAGUGGCAGCGAAGAUGGGGGACCCUCUGUGGUCCCCAGUUACCCCGGGAUGGGGACACACACACACACACACACCGGGGUUCACCUCCCACGUGCCGCCACUGCCGGGCUUGGCCGGGGCUGGGGGCAUUGGGGAGGGCAGGGGCACAUCCUGGUGCCAGCCAGGCCAUGCUGCUUCAGCACGGCACUGCACGUCCAGGAUGAGACCCCCUUGGGCACACUGACAACCCCCAACCCAUCCCACUCCCACCCAUUCCCAGGCCUCCCCCCCACCUCCAGCUCCCCCCCAGGGCCUCACAGGGACCCUCUGUCGGGAGAUGCCCACGCAGGGUGGACCUGCCCACCCGCUUCGCUGCUGCCACAGAGACACGGGGAGGGGGGACACUGGGGUGUCCCCCCAGCCCCAUCCCAUGCAGCUUCCACUGGAGUGGAGCUGGGUGGCAUCUCCAGGGCCAUGGAGGGAUGCAGAAGGGACUGUCGCCCAAGCAGACCCACUGAGAAGCACCCCCCCCUUCCCUACUCCCCGAGCUGUUGCCUAUGUAGCCGGUAUUGUGACGAUGGAGGGGGUGUCCCACUGCCUGUGUGUCCAGCAUCUACUGUCACGGGGCCCCUCGCUCGGCCAGACCUCCCACCGUUGUAAAAACAGCAAAUAAAUGUUGGUGAGAUCA